AUGUCUGGACGUGGCAAAGGCGGUAAGGGGCUAGGCAAGGGGGGCGCUAAGCGUCACCGUAAGGUGCUGCGGGACAACAUCCAGGGGAUUACUAAACCUGCUAUUCGGCGUCUUGCUCGGCGCGGUGGUGUUAAGCGCAUUUCUGGCCUGAUUUAUGAAGAAACUCGCGGGGUUCUCAAGGUUUUCCUGGAGAAUGUGAUCCGUGACGCUGUCACUUACACGGAGCAUGCGAAGCGGAAGACGGUGACUGCCAUGGAUGUGGUGUACGCUCUCAAGCGACAGGGGCGCACUCUCUAUGGCUUCGGCGGCUGA